GCUGCUGUACCACUGUACUGCUGCUGCUGUACCACUGUACUGCUGCACCACUGUACUGCUGCACCACUGUACUGCUGCACCACUGUGCUGCUGCUGCUGCACCACUGUACUGCUGCACCACUGUACUGCUGCUGUACCACUGUACUGCUGCUGCUGUACCACUGUACUGCUGCACCACUGUACUGCUGCACCACUGUGCUGCUGCUGCUGUACCACUUACUGCUGUACAUAAUAUUACAGCUGCUUAUAACCACAGAGGAACAUAUAAUAAUAUUCAGCUAUUUUGAGGACCAACAACCAGCUUGCAUGUUUCCAGACACUUGUGAUCUCCAGUCUUACAAAAUCUUACAAGAAGCAUUUGUGCAAGUGUCUUUUAAUGGCAUCUGACCAGUGAAAUUGUACCAAGUAAUCAAUUUUAACUGUCCUGUAUCUCCAACUAAUCACGAUGUAGCUGAUGCCUCUCUCUCCAACUUCAACUUGGAAACGUGAACGACCAAUCACAUUGAAACUGCCAUCUCCCUCUGUCUCCUGCUUUCCUGCCGACCUCCAGCCACCAAUCGCCAUCAAGAUCAAGAUAUACCCAAGGCUCAAGAUCUCAGCCAGCAUGGCCUGUGUUCUCAUGCCUUCUGUAUUGCUGUAUACAUCUGCUUUAUAAUGCCUUGCUGCUGGGUUUAUCCCUAGCUCUUUCUUCUAAGACUCAAGAUAUUCCUCUCUACAGCUAUUCUUCGUCUGUCCCCACUGCCCCCUCACCCCUAGUGGGUCCUUGCCUGUGAGUCUGUUCAUUCGCUCAUACUGUCCUGUACUGAACUUUAUUUAAAAAAUAUCACAGAUGAAAAAAUAUUAGAUAUUGUUAUUCACACUAAAGCUGAUUUAGAAGAUAAACUUAUCAAGUAUUCAUUAUUAUUAUUAUUAUUAUUAUUACAUUCAUGAGGAGAGUGUUAAACUUCUAAGGUCAUACAGUGCCUGGGGAAAUGGAAGACAAUCAGGUACUGUUCAAGGAAGGGGAGGUAAGAUCCAAUUCUUUGGAUCAAGAGCCCCUCACUAGCAUGAAGGAGCCUCCCGUAGAAGGAUAUCAGUGUUCAGAGUGUCAGAAAUGUUUUAGUGAAAAGCGUUAUCUUGGUAGACACAAGAAAAUUCAUACAGAAGAGAAGCCUUAUCAGUGUUUAGAAUGUCUGAAAAGUUUUAGCAAAAAACGUUAUCUUAUUAAACAUAAGAAAAUUCAUACUGGAGAGAAACCUUAUCAGUGUUCAGAGUGUUUGAAAUGUUUUAGCAUAAAAAGUCAUCUGGUAAUUCACAAGAAAAUUCAUACAGGAGAGAAGCCGUAUCAGUGUUCAGCGUGUCUGAAAUGUUUUAGGCAAAAAAGUCAUCUUGUAAUGCACGAGAAAAUUCAUACAGGAGAGAAGCCUUAUCAGUGUUCAGAGUGUCUGAAAUGUUUUAGCCAAAAAAGUUAUCUUGUUAAACAUGAGAAAAUUCACACAGAAGAGAAGCCUUAUCAGUGUUCAGAGUGUCUGAAAUGUUUUAUCCAAAAAUAUGAUCUUGCUCUACAUGUUCAAAAUCAUACAGGAGAGAAGUCUUAUCAGUGCUUGGAGUGUCUAAAAUGUUUUAGCCAAAAAAGUUACCUUGUUAAACAUGAGAAAGUUCAUACAAGAGAGAGGCCUUAUCAGUGUUUUGAGUGCCUGAAAUGUUUUAACCAAAAACAUCUACUUGUAAAACAUGAGAAAAUUCAUACAAAAAAGAAACCUUUUCAGUGUUCUGAGUGCCUGAAAUGCUUUAGUCAAAAAAGUUAUCUUGUUAUACACAAGAAAACUCACUCAAAAGAGAAGCCUUAUCACUGUUCAGAAUGUUUGCAAUGUUUUAGACAUAGAGGUUCUCUUGUUAAACACAAGGAAAUUCAUACAGGAGAGAAGCCUUAUCAGUGUUCAGAGUGUCUGAAAUGUUUUAGUCACAAAAGUUAUCUUCUUAACCAUAUGAAAAUUCACACAGGAGAGAAACCUUAUCAGUGCUCAGAGUGUCUGAAAUGUUUUCGUCAAAAAGGUAGUCUUGUUAAACAUAAGAAAAUUCACACAGGAGAGAAGCCUUAUCAGUGUUCAGAGUGUCUGAAAAGAUUUGGUUGUAAAAGUGGUCUUGUUAAACAUGAAAAAAUUCACACAGGAGAGAAGCCAUAUCAGUGUUCAGAGUGUCUAAAAUGUUUUAGGAGUAGGAGUAAUCUUGUAGAACAUGUGAAAAUUCAUACAUGACAGUAGCCUUAUUAGUGUUCAGAACUUUUAAGUCUUUGUCAAUAUAUGUCUCCAUUGUGAUACUUCAGCUUCACAUUAUUCCAGACUAUGGAGCAGAACUCUUCUCUGACCACCUCAAAGCUACUACUAAAAGGGACUGAUUACAUCAUCUCUACAACUUCCCUGCUUCCGGUGUCUUUGUAUUUGACUGAAGAAGCCUGCUUUGUAGGUGAAAUGUUUUGUAAUAAAGAUACCUAACUGUUGCACAUGUUUCUUAUCAACUUUCUCUAUUGUAUACCAUUAUUAUAGUCAACACUUCAGAUGCUCCAACAACUUUAUUGCCUGACCACUAGUUUAAAGUGAGAUUGAAUUUGAGAGGGACCUAACCAGUAGUCUUGCUACAGUGCCUUUCAAUUAUUACAUUCAUUCUUGUACUUGUGGAACAGCCUCUACUGUCGUUGGAAGGAUUUUCCACAAUUCACCUGUGCCAGAAUGUAAUUCUCCUCUCUGAUUCUUCAGAUUUACAUUGUUUUAGACUUUGGAGGAAAUUUUUUUCCAGGCUGUGGGACUGACCACCACAAAACUACUACUUGAAGGGUAAUGGACUGAUUACAUCAUCUCUAUGUCUCCACUGCUUCUGCUGCCUCUGUAUUCAGGUGAAGAAGCAUAUUGUGUAGGUGAAUUGUUUAAGAAUAAAGAUACCUAACUGUUGCACAUGCAUCUUAGUUAUCAUUUUUUGUUGUGUUGUCAGUGCAUUUUUGCAAUUUUUUUGUAACUGAAUGGAAUAUUAAAAAAUAGUAUGUGUGUGUGUAAAGUUUUGUUUCAGGCUCAGUAAAAUGGCUAAUGAAACACUUAAAAUGCUUCAGCAAGCACUUGGUGACAAAGCAGUGGGUUGGACAGUGUUUUGAAAGGCAAUGAUAAUACCCAUUAUGUGGUGGCAAAUUUUUCAAUGAAUAUUUUUUUAUGUAACUUUAGGGGAUGGGAUAGAAGGGAAGGAGGGUGAGUAGGUGGGUAGCUAGAGCCAAUGAGAAAAUAAUUAGCAAUAUAAGUUUGCCAGUGAUGCCAAAAUAGGUCAUCUGAUUAAUUCUGACAAG